GUCAAACACAGCCAGUUUCAGGAUAAGGAGGAUUUAGCUACUAGAAUAGCUGAGGCCUGUAAUGCCGUUCUCCGCGAGCAUCUCAAGGCAAUUGUACAGCACUCAGUAAAUGCAUUUGAAAAGUGCUUAAGGGCAAUCCUAAUUAGUAAACUACUCUGUAACCAUUGA